AUGUCUCUGUCAAGCAUGGAAGAAGCCAAAGUCCUCCUAUUCUCACACUUGGUAGGAGAAUAUAUCAAAGCCGUGGGUAUAAGCAUGUUUGUCUAUGAUGCCAUCAUCUCCUUCAAUCUGGAGUGGCGGGCUGUCUGGUCUCGCAAGAUCACGGGAGCGACUGCCCUAUACCUAGCUCUCCGCUACACAACCUUUGUAAACAUUAUUUCGAAUGUUGUUGAAUCUACCAUGACAUCAUGUGAAGUGACAUUUGCGUCAAUCCGAGUCUAUGCUAUCGACGGCCGGCGGUGGACGAAGGCCGUCAUUGUAAUGAUGUUGGGGCUUGCUCCAGUUGCUAUCAACAUUGGAAUUGCACCGUUGGAAUCUCAUUCUCUACCUCCGAGACUAACAUUCUUCCUUGUCAGCAGAUCAUGUGUCCUCAUCUCAAAUCUUUUGGUUGUUGUCUCAACAUGGCAAGCAACACAUGCCAGCCGAGCAGUGACUGCGUGGACCAGCAGAGGAUCCCUCACGGCUGUGUUAUUUCGGGAUGGUACCGUCCACUUUGCGCUAGUAGUCGGGCUCAACGCAGCCAAUAUUGUGGUCAAAUUAGUCCUAGGGAAAUUGAUCGACUUGUCUGAACCCGUGGAAUUAAUCAGUACCGUAGUGCUAUGCCGCUUCUUCCUCAACCUCCGCCAUUUCUCCAGCCCGGACGUUGAUGACAGCACUAUAUCCUCCCGCGGAAGCUCGUUCUCAAGCUUCGCAUCAAGGAUCAUCGGCAACUUAGGCGAGAUGCUCGAAGAUGAGCCUGGGGCCUCUGACGACGAUCUCGAAGGCGAGCUAGACGGGCUCAAUGAUGCGACGCAAGUCGAUGGAGCAGUUGACCUUAGCGACAGCGCAAAGUCCCCUUCAGAUGCCGACAAGGCUCUGACUCGAACGGCAACUACCGCAGUUUGCAAGCAGGAGACUGGCAAGGAAGGCGCUGCCGGCGGCGAUUUGGCUGAAGCGCUAGAUGAGGGUUUCGACCAGCGCAUGAUAGAUAUUGUCUAG